CAGUGCGCAGGCGCGCGCAACCUGCCUCCGACUCUUCCCUCCCCCGCAAGCCCCGGCCCCAGUUCCAGGCUGGAGCCACCGACGCGAAGGGGGACGGGUUCCUCUUAAAAGAGAAACGGCUGCGGCGCGCGCGAGGCCCUUGUACUCAUGGCUGCCUCCCCUGCGGACGCGUCCCGCAGGCGGCGGGAGAAGCGGAGGCAGCUGGAUGCGCGCCGCAGCAAGUGCCGCAUCCGCCUGGGCGGCCACAUGGAGCAGUGGUGCCUCCUCAAGGAGCAGCUGGGCUUCUCCCUGCACUCGCAGCUGGCCAAGUUCCUGUUGGACCGGUACACUUCUUCAGGCUGCGUGCUUUGUGCAGGUCCUGAGCCUAUGGCCCCCAAGGGUCUGCAGUAUCUGGUGCUCCUGUCUCAUGCUCACAGUCGAGAGUGCAGCCUGGUGCCUGGGCUGCGGGGACCUGGGGGCCGAGAUGGGGGGCUUGUGUGGGAGUGCUCAGCCGGCCACACCUUCUCCUGGGGUCCCUCUUCAGGCCCCACAUCUCCAGAGGAGCCCAGUCUGGCCCCCCUUCCAAGUACUGGCCAGAGAAGCUGGUGCCCAGAGGCCAGGAGUGGGCAGGAACCUGCAGGUUUGGAAUCUAAGCACGAUGAGAGGACUGAGGAGGCUAGGUCGCCCAGAGGGGUGGGACCCCCACCGGAGACCUUCCCAUCCCUAGGAGAAGAAGACAGGGAAGAGGAAGAUGAGGAUGAAGAGGAGAUGCUCAGUGAUGCCAGUCCAUGGACCUACAGCUCCUCCCCAGAUGACAGUGAGCCAGAUGCCCCCAGACCACCCCCUUCCCCUGUCACCCAUGCACUUAAGGAUGGGGAGACACCCCUGGCCCCUGCAGUUGUCCCAACUCCUCUUGCUUCGCCAUCCUCAUCAGCAUCCUCAUUGGGUUCUGGAGCUCCUCUGCCUGUGGAAGUCAGGAUACAGCCAGAGCUCAGUGGGACCCCUCAAGCUGACCAGCAGACUGAGCCUCUGGCCAGCCCUGGGAGUCAGGCUCAGUCUGCUCUGGCCUCGACAUGGGAUGAGGACACUGCUCAGAUUGGCCCCAAGAGAAUUAGGAAAGCUGCCAAAAGAGAGCUGCUGCCCUGUGACUUCCCUGGCUGUGGAAGGAUCUUCUCAAACCGGCAGUAUUUGAAUCACCACAAGAAGUACCAGCAUAUCCACCAAAAGUCCUUCUCCUGCCCAGAGCCGGCCUGUGGGAAGUCCUUCAACUUUAAGAAACACCUGAAGGAGCAUGUGAAACUGCACAGUGAUACCCGAGACUACAUUUGUGAGUUCUGCGCCCGGUCUUUCCGCACCAGCAGCAACUUGGUCAUCCACCGGCGCAUCCAUACUGGAGAGAAACCCCUGCAGUGUGAGAUCUGCGGGUUCACCUGCCGCCAGAAGGCAUCCCUGAAUUGGCACCGGCGCAAGCAUGCAGAGACGGUGGCUGCCUUGCGAUUCCCCUGUGAGUUCUGCGGCAAGCGCUUUGAGAAGCCAGACAGUGUCACAGCUCACUGUAGCAAAAGCCACCCUGCCUUACUCCUGGCCCCACAAGAAUUAUCUAGUCCAUUGGAGUCCUGUUCCAGCAUCUCUGCCCCUGCAUCCCUGGGGGCUGAUGAGGGAUCCAGGCCCUCUCUGGCUUCUCAGGCUCCCACCCUGCUCCCUUAGCAGUGAGCACUGUAAAGGAACAAGGGCCAGAUGCCUGGUCCCUGGGAACUAGGGUGAUGGGGAGUGCAGGGCAGGGGCAAGACUGGGCUCUAAGGGAGCCAGGCUACUUUAGUCUUCCUAAAGGACAGAAUAAACCCAGUAUUUUACAUGGAUAUAUGUUGGCAGAGCAAGUGUUUUGGCACCUGAGGUACAGGAAUCUUGAUUCUUUUGGAAGCAGGCUCUGCUAGAAUGUGCCUGAGUGCCCCCUAAAUGCAGGUCCUGUUCCUCUCUCUGCAAGUCCCACCUGCCCCCACCCUGAGGGCCCAGCUUUCUUUCCCAAUUCACUUUGGAACUCCCUUUUCUGUGGGGUGUCACAUCCACUCUUGCAUUCAAGCAAGGCAGAGUGUGACAGUAUGGAGAGCACUAGGUCAUUCCAGAGGGAUGGGCUGGAGUAGAAUUAGAGGUAUGUGUUCCUGGGCCACAUUUGUACUCUCCAUUAACCAAAAGAACCAAGUAUAUAGUGGCUUCUGAAGAGUCUUGCCUUCCAGUGGAAAAAUGAGAGGGCUAUACAUGCAAGAUUGCUGAGCUAACUUGGGAAGGGACCAGAGACCUUUUAAUUUUGAAAGGGCCUGUGUCUUGGGUGACUCCUGAAGCCUGCAAAUACAGCAGCCUCAGGUUUAACAAAGGGAGCUCUUGGCAUCUGGAACUCAAACAAUUCUUUAUUUCACCACUUG